AUGAUGUAUCCGUUGAGUUGCCACGAGGAACACAUUCAAUUCCCGUACCCCUUCAUCAGCCCACCGCGGUCGCUUCCAGGGCCGCCGCCAGGAAAGAGCCGGGACAUUUUUGAUCCACUCAAGCGACGCGCCGACUCUCACGGAGUCCUCGGGUGGCUUUUGGAUGCACGCAACAACCUUCGCCAUUGUCCCGAGUGUCCGCCGAGGCAGGUCUGGGGCCGCGUUCUCUCUAUGGUCCCGGACUCCGCGAGAGAGCGAGCAAAGUCUGACACCGAGUAUGUCUCUGAGGAGAUCUUGAGGAGGCGGGAACACCAGCGCGAACUGCGGCGCCGGCUGCGUGAACGCCACCAAGAACUCGAACGCGAAGCCCAGCAGAACGCACCUAGCGAGGAUGGCACCCGAGCGCUCUCCCGAAGAGCGGCGGAAAAAGAACCGGCGAGGGCACAGAGACCGGACGGUCUCCUGUCGCUGGCCUUGUUUCUGCGGAAGAACGGCGACUUGCUCCGAACAACGCGUUUGCGGCCUACCCCGCGGGGAACUGUCCAACUCCCGCCGGAGGAAGAUUCCGACGGCGAACUGGGCCGUGACACUCCGAACCUCUCAGACCCCGAGAGCUACACGCUUAUGAAUUCCGACGACGAAGUGUGCAUUUUGCGUCUUGGAAAUCGACUGAAAUCGCCAGCAGAUUGCACGGGCGUCACCACGCUUCGUAAGAACAGCCAGGGGAGCACAGUCAGCAGCUCGAGGUCGAGAGGGAAAGACAGCAUUGAAAUCGCAGGCCCCAAGAGAGGCUUCCUGUCGCCGGAAGACGGCCAGUCUCGUCUAAACCGCGGCUUUCUCAGCAACGUGCGCCAGAGUGACGCCCGCCAGUCCUCGGAGGAACUGUUCGUCACUGCGUGGUCCCACAACGAUGAAGACGGUGCAAGGCUCGUUGUCCCUUCCCGGUUUGUCAGCACGUACGGCGACUCCACGGAGGAUGGCGAGCGCGCGCCUGAGCGAGGAACGUCUCGCGAUGAGUCCGAACCAGAGGACUCGUCCCGGCGUCCCCUUACGCGGAGCGAUUCUUCUUGCUCGGUCCCCGGAGAAGAUAGAAACCGUUUCCCGCGUUUCAGAGACGCGUCUGAACUCGUUGGAGACAACGCCCCGCUUUCCCCCCUGCCGAGAGGCUACGGCACGAAAGACAAAGACCGGAAGCGAUCGGGCCUCUUCCUAGAUCCGCGACAUUUGGAGAAGGCUCUCCCCUGCGGCGUUCCCCCUUUUUUCGAACCUGACCGUGGCGACGCUGCCUCUCCGGCAGAAACGUGUGGGCGGUUCCAAAGCGUGUCCGGUUCUCGUGGGUCAGCAUACACUCCAGCGGAGACUGGAGACGCCGACCCGAGCGGAUCGUUUCCUUCGAAUCACCAGCAGCUGCGCCCUCUGAACUACCCUUUUCCGCUGUCGCCUCACGCACACCACGUCUCCCUGCCAUCCUUUUCUCGUUUGCCGGAACACCCGUUCUCGCCAGCUUCGGCGUGUACCCCCACCCAGAAAGUUCUGCCCUACACCUUGAAAGACCUCCCCGACAGUCCAGGACCCCAGAAGCGGCUUUACAGACCGGCAAACUCCAAGAUUCGCCGCGGCACCAACAGCGUCGAGAAGCGGGCGCGCGACGCGUCGACGAGGCGAUGGAGAGAGGCAGGUUGCUCUGUGUCGCGAAGGAGACAGAAGACGGGUCGGCCAGCUGGGGAGAAACGGAGGCCGCCCGUAGCCCUUCCCGUGUACAGACAGAGCCCCAGUCCGGGGGGUCAGCUCGGCGGCAGAAAACCCGUCGGUAAAGCCGCAGAUGGCCUAGACGCCUUUCGCGACCGAGGCGCGACAGAAUGGACUGAGUAUCGAAGGUUUCUCGAGCAACGGCUCCGCGAGGGCGGUGCCAGAGAAGACCAAAACGGCAGCAACGCACCCGGCUACGGGCACGUGACCCGCAUCGAGUUCCGCGAUGGGGAGACGCAGCGUCGGCCUGUCAGGAGGCUGGACAGUCUUGGAAGUGCCGGCGCGGCGCCCGCGCGAGGCUCCUCGGGAGAGUCGGGGAACUCGCGAACUUGGGAUCGAGCCCGUUCCGAGGACGCAGGGAGCGGAACAGGCAGGCCCGUGAACGCCUCAUUUUGCGGAUGGAUCAUGUCAGGAAGUUCGAGUUCCGACGGCUUGGGCAGAUACGUGGGAUCCUUGGCGUCCAGUGACAGAUAG